AUGUUCCCAAAUAGGAACCAUCAUUAUAUGGGGAUUCUCCAGUUACUUCUUCAUUUCAGGUGGACAUGGAUUGGGGUGAUUUAUCUGCAUGUCCAGAGUGCAGAAGUGUUUGUGCAUAGCGUGCUUCCCAUCUUUUCCCAGAAAGGUAUCUGCUUUGCCUUCAUAGAAAGAUUUCCCAAAAUAGCAGCUUCCAAUAGUGUUGUUGAACGGAUGGACAAGGGGAUGCAUUUAUACAAUACUGCCAUGACAAGCACUGCCAACGUGGUGGUGGUCCACGGUGAAAUUCAGAGCAUGAUGAUUUUGAGAAUGUUGCUGUAUUUCUCAAAUUUUGAGAACAGACCAGUGAAGGAAAAGAUCUGGAUUAUGACAGCCCAGAUGGAAUUCACAUCACUUGCCUUUCAAAGAGAUUGGGACUUAGACUUCAUCCAUGGUGCUAUAUCCUUUGCCAUUCACUCAGAGGAGAUGCCGGGAUUCCAGGAAUUUCUUCAGAGGAGAAACCCUCAACUGGACAAAGAAGAUGGCUUUAUCAAAGACUUCUGGAAAGAUGCAUUUAAGUGCUGUUUCUGUGACUCUGAGUCAGAUAUGAAGACUAAGAAAAUCUGCACUGGGAAGGAGACACUGGAGAGUCUUCCUGGGUCUGUUUUUGAAAGGAGCAUGACUAGCCAUAGCUACAAUGUUUACAACGGUAUCUAUGCUGUGGCACAUGCUGUGCAUGCCAUGCAGUCAUCCAAAUUCAGACAAAAAAGCAUGAUGGAUGGAGGGACCUGGAAGCUGAAUCAAGCACCAUGGCAGCUCCACCAUUUCCUGAGAAGCAUCUCAUUUAACAACAGUGCUGGGGAAGAGGUUUCCUUUGACCAAAAUGGGGAACUGGUAGCUGGAUUUGAUAUUAUCAACUGGGUCACCUUCCCAAACCAGUCCUUUCUGAGAGUCAAAGUUGGAAGGAUAGACCCCAAGUCUCCUCCUGAUAAUGUAUUCACCAUUUGUGAAGAUGCCAUUCUGUGGCCAAGCAGGUUUAAUCAGGUGCACCCCCUUUCUAUGUGUAAUGGCAUUUGCCAUCCAGGUUAUAGUAAGAUGAAGAAGGAAGGGGAGCCAUUUUGCUGCUAUGAUUGCUUUCCAUGUCCAGAAGGGAAGAUUUCUACCCAUGAAGAUAUGGAUGACUGUUUUCCCUGUCCAGAAGAUCAUUAUCCUAACAAUGAUCAGGAUUUAUGCAUUUCCAAAAUUAUAAGCUUCUUAUCUUAUGAAGAAACACUGGGAGUCAGUCUAGCCAUUUCUGCCCUUUCUUUAUCGUUCAUCACUGUUUUGGUCCUUGGGAUCUUCAUUAAAUUCCAGGACACUCCCAUUGUGAAAGCCAACAACCGGGACCUCACCUAUGUUCUUCUCAUCUCCCUCAAGCUAUCUUUCCUUUGUGCUUUACUAUUCAUUGGCCGACCUGGGAAGUUCACGUGCCUCCUUCGACAAACAGCUUUUGGCGUCAUCUUCUCUCUAGCUGUGUCUUGUAUGUUGGCCAAAAGCACCACCGUGGUUCUAGCAUUCAUGGCCACCAAACCAGGAUCAGGUCUUAGGAACUGGGUGGGGAAACGGCUGUCGAUCUGCAUUGUGCUUUCCUGCUGCCUUAUUCAAGCCGCUGUUUGUUCUGUAUGGCUGGCGACCUCUCCUCCAUUUCCAGAUUUUGACAUGCACUCAGUGACUGGAGAAAUUGUACUGCAAUGUAACGAAGGGGCAGUUGCUAUGUUUUACUGUGUCCUGGGCUUUCUGGGCUUUCUGGCGCUUGCUAGUUUCACUGUGGCUUUCCUAGCCAGGGUAUUACCUGACAGUUUUAAUGAAGCCAAAUUCAUCACCUUCAGCAUGUUGGUCUUUUGCAGUGUUUGGCUCUCCUUUGUUCCAACUUAUCUGAGCACAAGAGGAAAACACAUGGUGGCUGUGGAGAUCUUCUCCAUCUUGUCUUCCAGUGCUGGAUUACUGGGUUGCAUUUUCCUCCCUAAAUUAUACAUCAUGAUACUGAAGCCCGAGCUGAAUAAUAGAGAACAGUUACUAAGGAGAAAAAAAGGAGAAACCCCCGAAGAUGAAAACAUCUUUGGACCUGGAGGAGGAGAGGAAGAAUGCCCAUCGCCUUACAUCUAUCAAGCCAGCGCGCUCCUGGUUCCGCUAGCUGAACCGAUAGCUCAGCCGCCAGUCCCAGCGCCAGAUCAACCGGUCCCCAUGCCAAUCAGGGACCCCCAUGCCUGA